ACAAACACAAACAAACCCACAUUUAUUUCUCUCUUGGCACCUUUCCUAUUCCUCAAUCCUCACUCCCAUUCACAUUCUUCACCCCACAAAAAUCACAGCUUUCUUUAAUUUUUCCUCCAAAAAAUUCCCACAAAGAUUUCCAUUUUCCUCAAGGGUUAUCAGUUAUCUCAUUCCUGUGGCAUUAUGAGUCUGUUGUUCUAGUUCACAGGUUUCAGGGUGAGUAGUUGAGCUGAUAGUGCAUUAGCCAUGGAGAAGAAGAGAUUGCAGAAAGAUAAUAUGCAGCUGAGAUGUAUGUGGGGUUUCCACCAUUUUCACAGGAGCAGAAGAAACCAGAAGGUGCUGUCUAAUGGAAGAACUCUGCAUAAGAAUGGGAAACUGCAACCAACAGAGCCCGGUAUGCUUGCUAAACGCGAUGAUGAGUUUCACAAGACAAAUGUAAAGAAGCCGAACGAGAAGAAAAAGAAGAAUCAUGCCAUAGCUAGCACCGAGAAACAUUCAAAGGAAGAUAUCGGGUUGUUUGAUCAUCUGAUAGAGAAGUCCAAGGCAGAAAGGAAUGCCUCACUGAACCAUUCGUCGCCUGUUUGUUGUUCUCCGAAAGAAAAACGGGGGGGCUUUCAGCAGGGUUCGAGUUCGGUGGAAGUGCAUAACAAGAACAAGAUAAACGUAGCAGCAAUCUUGGAAGAUAUCUGCAGCCAAAUUCAUCUGGAAAACAAAGAUGCAGCGAGAAGUGUUACGAGUGCAGAUUAUGAGCUGGUUCAGAUGAGUGCCAAGGCGUUUAUUGAUCAAAUGUUUAUAGACAGAAAGUACAUCAAGAGAAGCCAGGCGAGCUGCGAGUUUACAGACUUCUCUGAUGGGUUCGAGAUGUUGAAUUCGAACAAGGAUCUGUUCCUGAAGUUCCUACGAGACCCGAAUUCAUUGUUGGCCAAGCAGAUUCAGAGUUUGCAGCUCAAGGAAAUGGAAAAGGAGACAAUCAAGUCAUUCCCGAACCAAAAAUUCCCUGAUAAGAACAAAAUUCAAUCUGAACAGCAGUUAGAAGGACGAUUUACUGAUCCCCACCAGCCUUCAAACAAAAUCGUUGUUUUGAAGCCGAUGCCUAGAAGGGUUCAUUACACUGAAAACGUUGCCUGCAAUUGCUCGUAUUCAGUGUCUCCUCAAAGCUCGAGUAGUAAAAGAAGCAAUGGCAAGCACAAAAGUUUCUCUCUUGCAGAUAUUAAGAGAAAACUGAAAUCUGCAAUGGGAGAAAAGUUGGAGCAGCUGCCUAGUACUUCACAUAAACUCGAUUACAAACAAAAUAUUAAGGUUGUCAAAACCCGAGCAACCACCAAUCCCGGGAUGAAAAAUAAGGCAGACAAGGUACAAGACUCGGGCAAUGGACCUGAAAUGAGUUGCAUAACUGAAACUGUGCGCAAAAAAUUGGACCUGUCCAAGCAACAAGAAUUCGAUGUCUUUCUCGAGGCAAAAAGGCACCUCUCUCGGAGGUUUAUAAAUAUGAAUGAAGAUGAACAACCUCUAGAAAGUAGCCAAACGAAAACACUUGCUAGGAUUCUCGACUCACCUGAACGAGACUUUUGGGCAGCUCAAUGCCCCAAAGGGAAAGUUUUCUUCGGUUCACAAGCAGAGAAUGAGGAGGUUUCAAGUCAUAAACAUGUAGCCAAAACAAAUGAGGAUUCGCCUUCUAAAAGUCCAGACCGAGGAUCUUCGUUAGAUGUUUCUUCAUCAAGUCCAAUAAGCAUUACCAAACCGGGUGUUUCAGAGGAUGUCAAAGACAAGAAAGAGCAUCCUAGUCCAGUUUCUGUCCUCGACCUGUCAUUCAUGGAAGAUGUAGAUAGCCCAACAAGCUUGCCCGAAAAACCAACUGCAGGUGAAAUGCUUUUGCAACCACGACGAAUCAACUUUGAGGACUACUCACAAGAGGAUUCACCUUCACCCCUCAAUCCCGAGAAGGAUACAAUAUCUUCUUACAUCGAGUCAGCUUUGCAAGCAUUUUAUUCGAAUUGGGAAGAGCUCUGGUUAAACACCCCCUCGCCAGAACAGCUUAUUCAACCAUCCUUUUUUGAUGAACUGGAGUUAUCAUCUCUCGAUAUGCAUUGCAAUCCCGAUCUCCUACUAGACUACAUUAACGAAGUGUUACUCGAGACAUAUCAGUGCUACUUCGGGUGCCAUCCAUGUCUAUCGUUUCAGCCCGAAAAGGACGUGUUAUUGGAUAAGGUAACGAAAGAAGUGAAGCACAGGCUUUGUCCAUUAACAGAACAACCUACAUUGGACUGGCUAGUUUCCGAGGACUUAGCCAAACCUGGAUUGUGGCUCGAUUUAAGGAUCAAUUCUGCAGGUAUUGUGAGCCAAAUUGCAGAAGAAAUUUUCGAAGAAUCAAUCUUGGAAUUACUACUUUGAAUGAACACAGUGGAUAUAUAGAGUGUAGUCAUGUAGAGCAUUGGACUUAACCUUCAUACAAACUUAGUUGCAUUAUAGGGAGGUUUUUAUGUCCUCUUUAUAGUUAUCUUUUCUUAUCAGCUUUUGCUGGUGGUGUAUAUUGUGCCUGCAGUAAAACUGGAACUGAACAAUAUAGAUUACACUUUUUUUCUGGUUAUUGAA